AUGAAUUUGAUAUCACCUCUAAAGUGUGUCUGGUAUCAGAAUCAGACCGGACGCCAGGUUGGACGCUCAGGGCCGAACUUUCAAAUGCCACCGGGAAACUUAUUCCCACCUCUGGAGAUAAAAAAUCUCUGUUUAUCUUCUAAUACGUCGGACAUGGAUAUGUGGAUAGGACUAGUGGCCUCUACUCAUCAGGAGCAGGAACCUCGAAAAUUUUUCCUGACGUUCAUGCAGCUGCAGGACAUCAGGCCAUCAGCAACGGACCGUUUCAAGACUGAUGAGGAGAGGGCACAUCGAGAAACAAGAGAAACCGGCGAAAAAGACGAAGGGACGCCUUGGGGGCCAGGGUGA